CGCCGCCAGUUCCGGGAGGAGAAGCGGACGCUGCGGGAGGAGGAGGAGGAGGCAGCGGCUCUUCGGGCUCGGGCGGGGCUGAGCAUCCCCCUGCUGCGGGAGGAGGAGGAGGAUCGGCGCCUCGCCGCCCUGCUCACCCUGCGCGCCCCCGACUCCUACGAGGAGAAGCAGCGGCUGAAACGCUCCGAGAUCUCCCACCGGCCCUGGUUCAGCCCCGGGACCCCCCAAAAAACUCGGGGGCCCCUCGGGGGGGGGAUUCGAGCGCCCAAGGGACCCCCCGGCCCCCCCACCCCGACCCCCGCCGGGCUCGGCAUCGUGCGCAGGAGGGAGAGUGGGGGGGUGGAGGGACCCCCCCCGGGGAACGCCGGCGCUGGGGGGGACCCCCCUGCAGCUCCCCAGGGUGGGGGGGACCCCCCUGCAGCCCCCCAGGGCGAGGGGGACCCCCCUACAGCCCCCCAGGAUGGAGGAGACCCCCUUGCCCCGCUCCCGGGCCCCCCCAGGGCCGCGCCCCCCCCGUCCCUCGUCGCCGACUACUCGGACUCCGGCUCCGACAGUGCCUGAGCUGCUGCUUGGGGGGCUGGACCCCCCCCGGGGAUGGUCUGGGGGGGCCACCCAGACCCCUCCCCAGCCCCACAGACCCCCC